GCAUUACUAAAAUGAACAACUAUUAUUUGAUGUGAAAGCUCUAAUGUUAAAACGGUUUGCCACAUAUACUCCCCCUUUAGUUGUUCCUGCCUGUCAAAGAAGCCAGUCAACUUUCGGGGACGUGGCUGAAGACAUCGCUCAUUUCAGCACUAAGUUUGGCGGACAGCAUCUCUCUUUCUCUCAUUGAUCUCCUCACACGCGCUGAAACUUUUUAUUUCCUUUCAUCUCUUUUGCUUUCCCAAUCACCAAACCGAAAUAUGGAUCAUACUUUCUCCGAGGAUACCGCAGUCUACGAGAACUUCACAGAGGACUGGACGUCAGAUGGAGGGGAAACCGUGCAUUUCAUCAUUCAAUGCGUUAUCCCGUCGGUCUACAUUCUUAUCAUCACGGUUGGUUUACUGGGAAACAUCACUCUCGUGAAAAUAUUUAUUACUACAAGCGCAAUGCGAAGUGUGCCAAACAUUUUCAUCUCCAGCUUGGCUGUGGGGGAUCUUUUGCUUUUGGUCACUUGUGUGCCAGUGGACGCGUUCAGGUAUUUCUACGAGGAGUGGAUCUUCGGAACGGUGGCUUGUAAGAUGAUCCCGGUGAUCCAGCUCACCUCGGUCGGAGUCUCCGUGUUCACUCUCACGGCACUGAGCGCGGACAGACACAAAGCUAUUGUGAAUCCCAUGGACAUCCAGUCGUCCAGCGCGGUGUUCUGGACCUGCUUGAAGGCUAUCACUAUAUGGGUGGUUUCGGUGCUGCUGGCCAUCCCUGAGGCGGUUUUCUCACAGGUGGUUCAUAUGCCAGACAAGAACACGACGUUCACUGCCUGCGUGCCAUAUCCGCUGUCCAACGAGAUGCAUCCUAAGAUUCACUCCAUUAUGAUAUUCCUGGUCUACUUCCUCAUCCCUCUGAGCAUUAUAUCUGUUUACUACUACCACAUCGCCAGGACACUUAUCAAGAGUGCUCACGAUAUGCCAGGUGAGAUUAGCGAGCACUCAAAAAGACAGACGGAAACGAGGAAGCGUCUGGCCAAGAUUGUUCUGGUAUUCGUGGGCCUCUUUGCCCUGUGCUGGUUCCCCAACCACGUUCUCUACAUGUACCGCUCAUUCAACUAUCGGCAGAUCGACUCCUCGCUGUCACACCUCAUCAUUACGCUUGUGGCACGCGUGCUGAGCUUCUCCAGCUCCUGCGUCAACCCGUUUGCCUUGUAUCUGCUGAGCGAGAGCUUCCGACGCCACUUCAACAACCAGCUGCUGUGUAGACAACGCAAAUACCAAGAGCGCAACACUAGCUACCUCCAGAGCACCUCUGCCAUCCGCAUGACCUCCAUCCGGAAGAGCACACCUGCCGUCGCCAACGGCCAUGGCCAAAAACAAGGAGUCUGCAUUUAGCAUCUGUUCAGAAAAGGGUUGGUGACACACGUUUGGGUUGGUAACUGGAAAUAAAACAAGCGCUUAUUGAAGGGAAUACAAAAAGAUGACUGUUUGUUUUGAUUACUGUAAAUAUUGCAUGUGUGUUUCUUUUUUUUUUUUCUCAACGGUUGCAGCAUUGCUUGAGCCGAAGAAUGAAUUUGCGUCCCCACCCAAAACAUUAUGCUUAUUGUAAUCUGAAAAGGAGUGGAUAUCCGGCCCUAAUUUUAUUUCUCAUCAAACAAAGCACAAUUUCUGCUUAUUUAAAAUAUCAGAUGUGUCUAAAAUAUCGGACUGUUAUUGCAUAAUGUUUGAUUUUCAGCUCAUAUUUUCUUUAUUAUGCAGUCAAACGAUGAAAAAUCUACUUUAACUGAUGGAAAGUGCACUUAAUACAGGCAAUGAAUGUUUGGUAAAGAUAUCUUGAUUUCACAAGAGUAUUAUAGGGAUACCAUUUAUGUCAUUUACAUCGUAUUCUAUGUUACAGAAGAAGACAAUAUAUUCACAGUAUAUUCAAUCUAGGAGCUCUUUCCUGUGAAGGUUAAUGUCUAUCGAUAGAACAGACAGGUCUCAUACUCAAGGGUAAACCGUGGUGAUUAGAUUAAUUUUUGCAUAAAUAGAUUAGGAUUCAACGUGAAUAUCAUUUUCUCAGGGCAAGUGCUCCUAUAGCGUCCCACAUAUGGGUCAUAAGAAUGCCAAGAUCUUCCAAUAAUAUCCAGCUGCAGACCCGCAGACCCACACACGUUUCAGGCACACACAAUCCAGCACACACAAUCUAGGCAAAUCAUAUAUGGUUAUGACGGAUGUUCAUUUUAUUAAUGUCUUCUCGGACAUUGUCAUCAGUAUAUUUUUAUAUAUAUUGUUAAUGAAUAGUGUACCCAAUAAACAACAGUGUACACUAUUUCACAAAUAUGGCAAUCGAGACCAGCGGAUAGGGAACAUUGUUUCCAAUUGCCAUUCAAUAAAAUACACUGAACAGCUUUUUUUUUUUAAAUCAGUCAUCAUAGAUGAUCAGUUAUUACUUAUCUGACACAGUUAAUGUAGCAGAUACUCGUUUGCUGGUCUUGUUAAAACAUUUU